GUGACGAAGGUCAACAAAAGAUCCAAGUAACAACAUUAAUUGAUUUUAUGGUAAAAUACAUUGACUAGCCAUGUUGUAUAUUCUAGAAUUAAUGUGCAUGUUGUGUGUUCAAGUCUUCCAUGGACUGACUCGACUCAUACUGAGGAGUUUGGGGACUUUUUUCCUAUUUUUACCUAGUCAUGUGCUCUUGAUUGUAUGUUGGGUUGGUUCUAUGUUUCACGUCUUAUCUUAUGUAUUUAUCAACAAAUUCUUUGGAAUUCACAAGAAAUAAAAAAAAUUGAUUUAGUUAGCCGUUCUCAUAAUGAAGGUGAAGGCAACACCAACUCCAGAAGAGAAUGACACAAUAACAACACUCUAUGAAGCAUCAAUAAAUGGCUGUGUGAGUACCUUAAAUUCACUGAUCCAAAGGAAACCUCUUAUUCUGAAUAGAGUUUCACUCUCUCCCUUCAGUGAAACCCCAUUACACAUAGCAUCUUUACUCGGACAUUUGGAAUUCUGUGAGGUUCUUCUUAAAAGAAAACCAAGUUUAGCUAGUGAAGCUGACUCUGAAGGACGUUUCCCUCUUCAUCUGGCUUGUGCUGAAGGCAACACUGAGGUUGUGAAAGCUCUUUUGCUCACAAAUUCAGAUGCUUGCUUUGCUCUGGACAAAGAUGACAUGCUUCCUCUCCACUUGGCUGCAAUGAGAGGACGCAUAAGAGCUAUUCAGGAGUUGUCCAGAGCCAGGCCAGAGUCCAUUUAUCACAUCAUUGAUAAUGAUGAUGGCUCUGUUCUGCACUUGUGUGUUAGGUAUAACCAUUUGGAGGCCUUGAAAUUCCUUGUACAAUCAGCAACAAUGAACCAAGAGUUCCUGCUUGCCAAAGACAAAGAGGGUAACACAAUUCUGCAUUUAGCAGUGAAGCUCAAACAAAUUAAGACCAUAAAAUACCUACUUAUGCUACCCGAAAUGAGAACAGCAGUCAAUGCUUUAAACAAGGCAGGUUUAACAGCUUUGGAGAUGUUGGAGAGCUGUCCAAGAGAUUUCAUAAGCCUUAAAAUUGAAGACAUGUUAAAUGAGGCUGGCGUACUUCAAACACACACUAGUACUGCACAACAAGGGUCAUCAUCAGCAACACAAAGCAUAGCUACUCUAGCAGAAUCACCAUCACACGAAUCCAAGGAAAGCAAAAUCUGGAAGACACUAUGGUUCAAGUACAUGCAAUGCCGUAGUAACUGGAUAGAGGAGAAACGUGGGAGCUUGAUGGUGGUGGCGACAGUAAUUGCCACCAUGACUUUUGAGUCAGUAGUAAGCCCACCAGGUGGGGUGUGGCAAGAAGACACCUCAACCGGUGGACUAAACUGCACCAGUUAUGGCACAUGCAAAGCAGGCACUGCAGUUUUAGCAUAUGAUUCGCCACACGUGUUUCUAAAAUUCACGACCUUCAACACUAUCUCUUUCUUUUGCUCUCUCUGUGUGGUGGUGCUGCUUAUUAGCGGACUUCGCCUCGACAACAAGCCCAUGAUGUGGAUAUUGAUCAUUGCUUUGUUCUCAGCACUCACGUCCAUGGGGCACACGUACGUUUGGGCACAGCGCUUGGUGACCCCACAUAACAUUGUUCAUCAUGUUCGAAGGAUGAGUUUACCUUUGUCCAUAACUGGGGUAAUCAUACCUGUGGUGGUUUUUUUGUUUCACGUUCUUCACUUAGUCAUCUUCUUCGUGAAGAAGUGGGAAAAGAAGUCGUUGCCCAGCUCAAAGCGCCUACCCGUCUUCAUCGGUUCGGAUUGACUUUAGCACCAAAAAAUACAUAAGCAAAUUUAUACCAGUGUCAAAUGCUGUAUAGGAGACUAUUUUAUUACUUUUUCUUGUCAAUUGUUCCACGCUAAUUUGAUUCGUUAGAUAUUUAUUUUUAGUUUGAUAGAUUUCUCAAUCCGUCUGUAUCUCAAAGAAGAAUUCUCAUUUUGUGCACUCCC